UCAGUAGGUCCGUGUUCGUUCAAGGGAAAGAAAGGUCAUUAUUUUUUCACGAUAAGAGUUUUUCUAAUCAUUUAGUGCACUGUUAGGUAAUACUAGGAGCCAGUGAAAAUGGGUCUUUAAUCCACUUUGUUACAUCUUGAUUCUAGACUACUAUUUUACUCUAAAAGGUAUCAUUAUUAGUUGUGUUUCAGACAUGAAAUCGUUUUGGGAAGAUCUUACACGGAAAGAAUUAGUCCCCGUCAAAAUAUUGAUGUUCCUAAUUUAUGGAGGACAAGCUACCCUGUAUCCCUACUUUACCGUCCAUCUUAAAUCCCUUGGAAUGUCUAUUCGAGAAACUGCCAUCAUCUUUGCUGUCCAACCCCUAGUAGCCUUCUUUGUGGCACCUUUAAUUGGAGCUUUGGCAGAUCGAAUUGGAAAUUUUAAAAUUCUUUUUUGUUUCUUCCUCAUCUUCUCAGCUGGAACAUGUCUUGCUCUUUAUUUUACCCCACCUGUGGAGAAUAGCUUUCAGGAUAUUAAGCUUAAACUAACUUGUCACACAAAUGUGAGCUUUCAAAAUAUCGUUUCUUUGAACGUGAAUGAUUCUUGUAGCCUUCAAAACCAUACAUACAUGGAGCAGUUGACAGUGUUGCUCUCAAAUUGUCAGUUCAUUUGUGAAGGAAGUGAUAAAAAGAUUUCAGAUAGCCAAUUUUGCUUCAAAUUUGGUAGUAUUAAUCAAUCUUGUGCUGAUGCGACUGAAAGAACCAGUUUUGACAUAUUUGACUUAAAUUCUACAGCUCUAAAAAAAAAUUAUGAAGACGAGACAACUGUAAUUUACUAUGCUAUUGCAAAAAAAUUUUUAUUUGGAGAAGAAAUAUAUGAUGACAUUACUUGUCAACCUAAAUCUACAAGAAAUGGCGUUUCAAACUGUAUGACUAUUUGUAACAUUGAGACUAAAGGAAAUAACAAACUGUGUUUCACAGAGAGGAAAUCUAUUAAAACCUUUUGGAUAUAUUUAUCUAUUCGUCUUGGUGUGUCUCUUGGGAUUGGACUUGUGAAUGGACUCUUUGAUGCAGCUUCAAUGGCGGUGGCACAAAGAUGUGAAGCAGACAUUGGAUAUCAGCGGAUGUGGCAAGCUGUAGCCAUGUGCGCUUUUGCUCCAAUUAGUGGUGGGUUGGUGGACUGGGUCAGUGUAGACAUAAAUGCCAAAAAUUAUUCUCCAUGUUUUUAUCUUUACGCGGCUUUGUAUGUAACAGCAGCUAUCGUUUCACUUUUUGUAGAUCUCAGUAUGAAAAUGCCAUCAGAGGGCGCUUUUAAAAAUUUGGGAAUUAUUUUGCGGAACGUAGAAGUAGAUAUCAUGUUAUUUCACCUUCUUUUCUUAGGUAUUUCGUGGGGAUUUCUUGAAAAUUUUUUAUUUUGGUUCCUAGAAAGCGAACUGAAGUCGACUACUCUUCUAAUGGGACUAACUUUCACUGUCGGAGCAGGGACUGGAGUUUUAAUGGCUAUCUAUUCUACCUGGGUAACGAAAAAAAUUGGUUAUGUCAACGUCAUUGUCUUAGCUUUUGCGGCUUAUGUAAUAAGAUUUAUUGGAUAUUCAUAUGCCACAAGCCCAUAUAUGUGCCUUAUCUAUGAGACAAUGGAAAGUUUUACAGUGACAUUGUUGACAGUUGGAGUAACUCUUUAUUGCUCUCAUCUUGCUCCUUUAGAGAUGUUGACAACGAUGAUGACACUGUGGAAUAAUAUUCAUUUCAUCUCCGGAAGGGCUUUUGGAAGUCUUAGUGGAGGCUUCAUGACGGAUGCCUUGGGAUUUCGUCAAACUUUUCGCAUAUAUUCUUACACAGCUGCUGGAUUAUGCGCGCUCUAUUUCUUCAUCAACGUGUUUUACCUAAGGAAGCGUCCUCCUUCUUAUAAAGCUGCUGAUAGCUCUCCAGAAACAAAAAAAGAGCUAGAACAACGAGAACGGGCUAUUAGUCUAUCAUUAAUUGUGUCAAAUCACGGAUUCCACGAAAUAUCAACUUCAUCGUCUCUCCGCAUGGCCAGCUUAUAUUCAAGCAACAUGCAAUCUAUUCUAGCCCUGGAAGGUCGACGACACAGCUCUGUACCUGUGAAAAGUCGUUGUCUAAAAGAGGUGGAGACAAGAGAAAAGGCCUCCACAAGCUUGUCUUUUGUUCCAUCAACUGACAAAACCUUAGAUGUGCUAAAGACACAGCAAUUUCUUAAACCACCAGAUAUUUUUAAAAACGAUCACCAACUUAAACCAUCAAGAAGUCGAGCAAAUUCCAAAUUGACAGAUUUGCCAGAAAAUAAUGAAGGUAUAGAUGAUCAAGAUAAUCCUAUCAAAGUGUCUGAGUCACACUCAAAAAACCAAAGUAGUCUAAAAGCGCCAAAGAAAAACAACACUUCUGCUUCCGAUGUCAGUUCUAAAGGUCAUAUAAACAUCAGCUUUGAGCCAGAAACGAAUCAGUUAGAAACCACUGGCUUUUAAUUAGCAAAAACAUGAUUAUUUGAACCUUCAUCAGACAUAAAAAUGUUUAACAGUUAGUACUCAAUCAAAAUCUGAGUAACAUAUUCUCCUCUACUAAAGAUUAUGUUGUUACAUUCUAAAAACUGUCAAAUCUAUAUGGAUUGAUUACACAGGCCUGGAAUGGUUUUAUUGUCCUGAAAUUUUUACAUAUUCUACAGUAAUUCCUGUACACUGAAUCAGAAAAUGAUGUUCAUUUUCUCCAUUACGUACAGGUUUUUCACAAAACGUCAUAUGUACUUUUACAUAAGUGAAUCAUUUUCAUUGAAAUCGGGUCACAUUUUGUUAUGCUUAAAAUCUUGACAACCACUGGCUUUAGAGUUCUCUAGACCAAUCGCGACGUGAGUCUUAUCGAUCGUUCUAGAAUCCAAACAUAAUAAUAUAAAAUUUUCAUUAUGGUAAACUAAAUACUAAUUUGAUCUAAGUAACAGGUUUUCCCUGAUUUGUAUAAAAUCCUUACGUGAUACAAAUAUUAUUUUCGAAAUCUGCGUAGCUGAAUUAUGGAAAAUCCGUUAUUAAAACCAAAGCAACUUUUAUGGAGUUUAAAUUCGCAGGCUUGUGUUAUCAGGGACAGAUUCGGAAAAUACUAUAAUUCGCUGUUCAAAGUAAACUUUUACCCUCUUCGUAAUAGAAGAAAUAUGUAGUACGACCUUCUAGCUAUAUAUAUGAAAGUCACUGUCUGUUGGUAACGCUCAAAUUGCCUCACUAGUUAAAUCCAAACCACAGCGAAAGUCUCAUGUUCAAAUACCAGUACAGUUGUGAUUAUCUACUAUUUUUAACACAUCCCUCAAGGGUUGUCUUUACACUACAUUUUGUUGAAUAUUAAAAGUAAGUUCAAUUCGGAAACUCCCAAAGAAGGUGGUUUUGGACGUAUCUUUUCGAGACAAGUUUUCGUUUGUUAGUUGAUAAACAUUUACGUGAAAUACAGCAUCCUCAAGUCUCCAUACAAGCUAGCGCUAAGGUCUAUGCACAUUCUCAGCAUAAUGAAUUAAGUAAUUACCAAUCUUUUAUGCUUCUGCUAUCACAUUUUUAUGUUUAGCUUUCAAUUGGUAUACGAACGGUCUCACCUGUGAUUCGAUAACGAAGGUCGAAGGAU